AUGUCGACGCGCACGCACAACGAGUUUCUCAAUGCCAGCGCUGGCGAGAGCGACAAUGACCAGAGCCAUGGUUAUGACUCAGAACUUGAAGAUCUGAAGAAGGGCGGGAGGGGUCCAAAGCGUAGGAAGGUCGACAGUGCUGCAAGCGAAGAUGGACAAGAGGACGACGAUUCCGACCAGGAGCUUCAGGAAGAGGAAUCGAAAAAUGCAGGUCUAGUGAAGGAGAAGAAGGAUAAGCAUCGUACGGAGGAUGAUUUUGCAGAGCUUCCCGGCGUAUCGAAGCCCCUCACCAAAAAGAACCUUGUUGCAACAGCAGCAGCUAUCAAAAAAUCUGGCGUUGUCUAUCUAUCCAGAAUACCGCCGUUCAUGAAACCCCAAAAGCUUCGAUCACUCCUCGAGCCGUACGGCCCUAUCAAUCGCAUUUUUAUGACGCCUGAGGAUCCCGCCUCUCAUACCCGCCGAGUACGCAACGGAGGGAACAAGAAGCGGUCGUUCGUGGACGGAUGGGUAGAAUUCGUGAGCAAAGUCCAUGCGAAGCAUGUUUGCGAGCUUUUGAAUGCAAAGACCAUCGGAGGAAAGAAGGGCACAUAUUACCACGAUGACGUCUGGAACCUGCUGUAUCUGAAGGGCUUCAAGUGGAAUAAUCUGACCGAGCAGAUUGCCUCCGAAAACGCAGAGAGGGCGAGCAGAAUGAGGGCAGAAAUCAGCAAGACGACGAAGGAGAAUAAGGAAUUCGUGCAGAACGUGGAAAGAGCGAAGAUGUUGGAGACUAUAGAAUCGAAGAAGGCUGCGAAGCGAAGGAAGAAUCUGGAUGAAGCCACGAGCGAGGGAGCUGCUAUUGAUUUAAAAAAAGGCGGAGAACGGCCACGGCAUUUCAAACAGACACAAGUAGCGACCAAGAAGAGGUCAGAGGAUCAGCCAGAGCAAGUCAAGAGGGUCUUGAGCAAGAUCUUCUAG